ACUAUUUUUUUGUCUUUCAAGUUUUAAAAAAAUGCCGCUUGAUUUUUUGAAAGGACUAUCGGAAUUUUUCACUUAAAUGACCACAAAAUAUAACAAUUCUACAAGAAAAAUAAUAAAAUAUAAAACAUAGUGUAUUUAUUUAAACAAUUUACUUGAAAAUGAGUGAUUUUAACUGUGCUAAUUUAAUAGAUUUAAGUUUAGAAGAUGAUGACAGUCCCUGCAACAUUCCAGCACCAAUUAAGACUGAAUUUGAACCACAACCGUCCGCGCCUUCAUUGGAGGGUCCACCACCUUUUAUACCGAACAAUUGGCGCAAAAGUUUAGAUAAUAAUCCUUUUGAUUGUGUACAAAAAUUGGCUCAUCGCAUAGAUGAUCCUUUUGAUAUCGUAGAAAAGGAGGCCUGUUGGAAGGCACAACAGGCGCUCAAACCUAAGCCAGAAGUAAAACUGGGCAACCUAUUGUCUUUGAGUGAUGAUAAUCUACUAGAUGAGGAGCAAAUGCCUGAAACUCCCCACUUAUUGGCGGAAGAAUUAAAUAAAUUUAAGCCCCCCGAAUUAGAAGAAGAAAGUCCACCUAUUAUGUUGUUGGAAAAACAACCACCAGAUAGUGUUAGUGGCCCCGAUAGCGACUCUAAUCCCAACAGUAGUGCAGAGACAUCAGCCUCGGCAAAAUUAAAGAAAAAUAUGGAAUAUCGCAAAAGAUUAUUAAAACUAAGCAUUUCCAAUGCUGCCUUUAGUUCACCAGUAGCACGUAAAGCUUCCUUGGAAUUUGAGGAUAUAUUGGGUACACCAGUUUCCUCCAUGUUAUCGCGGGCAGCAGAAUUUGGCGAACAUUUGUUGGCGUCAGAGUCUCCCUUAAAACUGGUGGAAGAUGAAGAUAUAAUGUCUCAAGAACCUCCCAACUUUAUUGAUUCAGAGAAAAAUUUCGAGGCCGAUUUGGAAAUGUUAAAAAUUCCCAUAUUAAAUGAAUUACCUUCACCAGUAGUAGAGCCAAUUUCUACCAACACCACUCCCAUUACACCUGAUGUUGUUAAGAGUGCCAACACUUUAGAAAAGGCUCUACCCAAUUUAGAAGCUAUUAAAGCUAAAUUGAAAGCUAAACGUGAUGAAAUCAAUAAUAACCAACAGCAGGAAAUUUCCUCUCUUAUACAUAAUCUCAAAUCCUUAAUAGCAAGUGGUGAAAUGGUAGAUAAGAAUAAGAAACAACAGGCUAGUGAAUUAUUAGAAUCUCUUAGUUCAGCCCUAAAACCUGCAGAUGCAGAAGAAACCCUCAAACCGGUGGAUAUGUUAGGAGUACCACCACAACCUAUUAAACGACAGGGUACUUUCGAUCUUGAGCUGCAGGAUAAUGAAGAGAACGAAUUUAAUAAUCGACCCUUGGUGCAGGACAUGCCUAAUUGUAUGACUAGUUCUUCGGCCACUUAUGAUGGUGAUAAUCAGCCUCUGGUGCAAGAAAUGCCCAAUUGUAUGAUUAGCUCCUCGGCCACAUAUGAUGGUGAAUCUGCCGAAGACAAACAAGAUUUAAAUUUACCCGAAAUUGCCCCCUUAUCACCACAACCUUCAACUUCUGAUUACAACUAUGAAGAUAAUAAUAACACAGCAAAUGUUGGUCACAAUAUGCAACCUGAUGUUAAUGACAUUAUGGAACAAUUGAGUAAACUUUUCAUUAACAACUCUUCGGAUAAUCAUCCCACAAAUCACAAUCCCACUUUUAUUGUAGUCAUGAAUGCGAAUCAAUUGAAUCAUUCUCAUAUUAACAAUUCCCAACAAAAUAUUGUGGAUGCUAAACAACGAUCUGCCCUAGUGGCUAGUUAUUUGGAAAAUUCCAUUAAUGAUGGUUCACCGGACUUGACAAAAGUCAAUCCUGUGGGUCGUCGUCGUUCUCAAUCGCUCUCGAUACAUGACAAAGUGAAAAUUGUUCAGUUGCCCCUACAGCCGCCUACACCACGCAGCAUUCAGAAGCAGCAACGGGUACAAAUGGACGAUUCACCACCAGUCACGACUACACCACCUUCCGGAGACAAGGAUACUCCGGAAUUUAAGACCCCAGCUCGAAUGAUCAGACGUAACUCGUAUUCCAGUGGUACACCGUAUACAGCUCAAGUGGGUGUUAGACGUACAGGAUUUGGAUCUGAUAAUAAAAAUCCUACUAACAUACGAAGAACCCAAACUUUGGAUACUCAUCACGAAGGUCAGCAACAGGCCAUUGUUAGACCUAUGUCUAUGCCAUCUAACAACUUGCCAACAUUUAAACCGGAUCUCAAGAAAAAACCUAAACACAAUACAGAAUCCAUAAUAAAAUCUGGUCCCCUAAAGGCUACCAUACCUGUAAAGAAAGUAGCGCCCAUGUUAAAAACUUCACCUCCAACACCAGACAAUAAUAAUGGCAAGUCUUCAACACUUCAUAAUUCAUCUCUACAAAGUCUUUCGAAAGUUAGUAGAGUACCCACAACACCCAUGUCAACAAAGGGUUCAGCAUCUAGCUUGGGAGUGGGCUAUCCAAAUGCCUGUUCUACCCCAGCUGCAUUUACUUCGCCAUUAAAACGCACCACAGGACCAGUUAAUAAACCACGUUAUUCUUAUAUGUCUGCCACACCCAAUCCAAAAUCGUCGUCCUCCUCGAAUUCGACUGCAUCAGCGGGUUUAAAGAGACGUACUAUAACGGAAUUUAAAGCGAAGUCCCCAUUAAAACCUCGUGUUAGCAGUGUUGGCCUAGCAGCGGCUGCUGCUACAGCAGCUUCAUCUUCUAAAGUUUCAACUAGCAGCACACGUCUAUCCACAUCAGCGGGAGCUAAAAUUUCUAAAACACCAGUUAAGCCGGCCCCAGCUAAGACAGCUACUGUGAAGCCGACAAGCCGUUUGAGUUCUCGCAUAUCCGUUGGUGGCUCUGCCUUAUCGACCAGAAAUAAGGAAAAUAAACGUCCUUAAUUUCAUAUAUAUUUUUUGUCUUAUUUUAAUAAGUAUCCUAGAUA